AUGAGGGUCCUGAAACUGAUGCCAAUUAGUGACAGCUUAUUGAUGGUACAUUGCUCUGUUUCGCUGUUUCUGGAUGUUGAGGCCAGUGUUGAUCAUGAAGAUGUUGAGUCCUCCAACUGGGAGGAUAAUCCAACCCAUCUGCUCCAUCUAUGGAGGAAGAUAGAUGGGGCAGGCCUCUUGGAGAGGGCAAGAGCCCAUGAUUUAAUCUGGGUCUUUUGGAUGUCUCCUCAGAACUUUGGGUCCUAUCGUGCAUCACCGGGCUGGGAAGACUAUGUUGUGUUCCACAUAGGACGUUGUGCUCAACAAGAACAGGGUGUAAAAGCAGCUUUUGUCAUGCCACUUGUGGAAAAACAAGUAUGGCUAGAAGCCAACAUGUCGAUGAGUUUGAAGAACUGGCUGGUCGAUAUACCUGGAGUCAUCUGUCGCAAUCAACAGGUCCUGCUUCAUGCCAUCUCUCCCAAAGAAAGUCAGCACAUGCUGUCAAGCACAGUAACACCUCCUUCCAUUCCUGGUAGCUGGGUCGAAGUUCGCCACGAUCAAUUAAAAGGCAAUGUCGGGAUGGCAGGUCGGUUAUAUCCUUGGGGGUGUAAGGUUCUUUUGGUCCCUAGACUCUGUCAUAGGGCCAGGGAAGAUCAGUUGACACACCAGCUAUUCAACCCUACAGCAGUCAAUGCCACUAAGAAGAGGUAG